AAAAUUUUGGAAUAAUUUUACGUUUCAAUAAUACCAGUUUAGUAAUAAUUAUGUUUUCCCGAUGUAAAUUCCCCCUGCAGGUAUUAUAAGCAAAUGUAUUCUGUUUAAAUUAAUUCCAGUACUCGCCUGCUAUGUCUAAACGUUUUAAGAAGGAGAAAAUUGUAGAGAAUACUGGCCACACCGAACCUUACAGGUCUUCGGAUCCCCUUUCUGCUAGUAUAUAUCGUAAUCAAUCUUCACUAUAUCAGUCUGACUUCGAAAGGAAUGAUAAUAACGUUGAUGAAACACACCUCAUUGUGCCUCCCUGUUUACAUUUGCCGCCAUCUUAUAUUCCACACAUGAAUCAUCCUGAUUCCAGCAUCAGUAAUAAUGAUAAUACUACUACUAACAAGCAUGGAUCUCAGGGUGUCGUAGAGAAAGUAAUGCUUCAUCUCGUUAAGUAUUUUAACAAGCCACUGAACAAUCCAUCACAUGAGCACACUAAUUGUAAUUACGUACACACUGAUUCAGCACAUGAAGAACGUCCACUUAUUUCUGAUCAUGAUGAAUGUAGUGGUGACCAUGUUUAUCCCACUGCAGCAACAGUAGCAGGAGCAUCAACAUCAUCACCAACUACUGAAGACGGUGCGGAUUCAACAGCUUCUACUUUUGUAAAUCCAAACGAAGUAGAAAGCUGGAUGCGUCGUCGGUUGUAUUACCAUUUUAUGACACCUGUUGGUAAAUUUCAUGCCAAACGACGUAUUCCAUUUAAACUGUUCGUUCAGAUUCUCAAGGUGUUAUUAGUUACAAUCCAGUUAAUUGAAUUUGGAUUUUAUCGGGCAGCCCAUGUAUCUUUUGGUGAUGUAUCACAUAAAGCAUUUUGUCAUCUAUACUUACGUCAAUGGGAUUCACAAUAUGAAACAUUAGAUUAUCCACCAGCAACUGGUGAUUAUGCUGUAUACACAAUAAAUGAUUUUUAUGAACAUGUUGGUUAUACUAUCACCCAGUUCAAUAAAACAAAAGAAUUAGCCAUUGGUGGUUAUAUGUUUGAUUCAUUGAAUCGAACAAUGAAACUGUGUAUGAGAUAUGUAUCUCCUACAACAGAUGAGAAUAAACAUCCUAUGCUCAGUGUAUCAUAUAUACGUGAGUCAGAAAAAUGUAUAUCCAUUGAAGUGAAUCAAAUCAAUUUUGAACAAUUAACUGAUGGAAAUUCAAUAAAAACAUUUUUACGGGAUCAUAAAUUGGAUAUUAAUUUUAAUUAUUUACUUGGAUUUGAUAUUCAUUUCAAUUUGUUAUCUCCGCCAAUUUAUCAGUUGGAUUGGACUCAAAGCACUGAAUGUUAUCGUUUUAUGAUUAAGAUAUCUUUAGAAAAUCCUUCACAAUCUGGUCAAAUGAAAAUUAUGUUACGUGCACCAUAUGCAUCAACUCCAUGUAUUGAUAUAUCAAAACAAUUACAUCAUAAUCAAUCUAUAAUGGAUUCAUCAUUUCAACAAAACUCUUCUGGUUCCAGUUCCUCUUCUUCUACUUCAAUGAUUACCCAACAGUAUAAUGAUGAUGAUGAUGAGAAAAAGUAUCAAUUAUUAGUACAUUUUUGGAAUUUAUUAAAUUCAACAUUGAAUCAAUCCAUUGAAACAAAAUAUAUAUUGUCACGUAGAUUAUUAGUUAUUCUAAUUGAUAGUUGUACAUUAAUACUUGGAAUUAUUUCAUGUUUAUUAUGUAUUCGAUCUAUUAUUCAAGGAUUUCGUAUAUGGCUUGAGACUGUUGAAUUCUUUAAGAAUUGGUUUGGAAUUCAAUUGAAUGGAGUAUUUUGGGAAUUUGUUCGUCCAUGGAUUUUAUUUAUCAUAGUCAAUGAUUUAGUCAUCAUUACUACAUCAAUAUAUGCAUUGAGUACAUUGAAUCAUAUUCAAGUGAAAUACGAACCAUUAACUUAUUUAAUGGGUAUUGGUGCACUACUUGUCUGGAUUGGUAUACUAUACUAUGUCGGUUUCUCAUAUGACAACAGUUUACUUAUUCGUACAAUAUCACGUUCCAUACCUGGUUUAUUACGUUUUUGUGUUUGUGCAUUAAUCUUAUUCUUUGCAUUUAGUUUAUGUGGUUGGGUUGUAUUAGGCCCAUAUAAUCUGAAAUUUCGUACAUUUAUGUCAACAGUUGAAUGUUUAUAUAGUUUAAUUAAUGGUGAUGAUAUGUUUGUUACAUUUACUAUAAUAAAUAAUAAUGCACCUAUUGGUAUCUAUUUAUUUAGUCGUUUAUUUUUAUAUUUAUUUAUUACAUUGUUUAUAUAUGUUGUAUUAAAUUUAUUUGUUACAAUUAUAUUUGAAGCAUAUGAAGAAGUAAAGGAUAUGCAAAAUACCCAUGGACGUUCAAAUAAUUCACCAUUAUGGCAUUUUGUUUGUCAACAAUAUUAUAAUCCUAAAUCAACUAUAUUUAAAGAAGAUGAUACACGACCUGAUCGACAUUUACUUUAUAAACAAGCACUUGGUUAUACAAUGACAACAACAACAUCAGUAACUAAAAAAUCAUCUACUGAUGAAUGUAAACAUUCUUUAAUAAAUCGUUCACAAUUUCCACAACAACAACGACGACGACUUCAACACGAAGAGGAAGAAGAAGGCAAAGAAAGAUUUUGUUAUUGUUAUCGUCAUCGACAACAGUUACAAUCACAUCAAAAUCAACCACAUUCAUCACAAAAUCAUAAUGAUAAUAAUACGAUUCAAAAUUCUUCAAAUCUAUUGAAUAAUUCUAUAAUUGUAGACAAUCUCUCAAAUCAAACGGCACAACUUCAACAAGGAAUUGAACAGACUAACAAUAAUGAUGAUGAUCAUAAUCAUGUAAAUAAUGUUCGUAAUCGAAUGAUUGAAAGAGUAAAUGAAAUGACGACAACUGAUGAAUCUAUUAUAUCAUUGAAUAGUCGAUCAGUGAAUGUAUAA